CCUAAUCCAAUCCCGAUUGAGGCUGUGGGGAGCGAGAUCGCAUCGACUCUCCAUCCACUCUUGAACCCUAAUCCAAUCCCUAUGGAGGCGAAGGGGAGCGAUACUGCAUCGACUCCACUCCGGAAUCGAGCCGCAGAGAGGAGCGGCCGGUUCCAUCCAGUGAAGACGGCCGGUGUGCGUCCGUCCACCUGAGUUGAGGGAUGGGAUCGAGUCCAUCCGGUCGAUCCCAGCAACCGGAGGAGCGGGAUCCGGGUAGAGCCGAUCCACGAACGGCGGCGCUGCUGCUCGAGGACCCCGCUCUCGAGCCCCCUCCACCCCUCCCUCCACAGCUGCCACAGCGUGCGCCUUGCAAUGUUGGCGUGUAGGCCAUGGCGCCCGACGCCCAACUCCGGGCCGCCACCGCAAGCCGUCACUCCCACCACCGCCUUCCCCGCAUCUUCGUCGCCAUCCUUUGGCUUCUGCUCCACCAACUAGGUUCACGGGAUAGCUGAAUGAAUCAACUCAUGUUGAUUGAAGCUGAAAUUUGUUAACAAAAAUUGUAGCCGUAAUGCACGCACCUGUAGUUGGGGUUUCGCUCUGGUGGUAGGGAGAUGCUAAUGGAGCAGACGGUGCAGGGCGGGGAUGGCUUGAGGAGGCAAGCCCGGACAGCGCCGCUCGCGCAUUGCCUGCAAAUUAUGAGCAUUGCACUAUUGUCUGCAAAUAUAGGACAGAAGAGGGAGCUAAAAGAUGCUCGAAAGUCACUGAUAGAGUCUGCUAAGGACCUGCAGGAAACAAACAAUAUAUUGCAUUUUGCCUACAGGUAUUACUACAGUUAUAAUAACUUUCUGUUUGGUUAACCUUUUAAGUCAGUAUAGUACCGUUCAGCUGAACACUACAGGUAUGUCUGACAACAUGUUAAUAAUACUGUAAUUUUAAUAAUAUCAAGUCUUUACAACUGUCAGAGAUUUCCUUAGACUGACAACAUGCCAAUGAGACUGUAAUUUUUCUUUCUGAUCAGCUGGGGAUGUAGUGUAUAUCAACUUAUUAUACACUACAUCCCCAGCUGAUCAGAAAGAAAAAUCUUAAACGUAACAAGGUCAUGGCAGCUCUUCCUGAAUUUGGAAUAUUGCUGCACGCGUUCCCUUUAACUCAUUUUGUGUGUGCCCCAAAGAACACAAAAUUCUCAUGAUUCUAAGUGGAUUUUUUUUCUUCUAUAGUAGAUUACUGAUUUAUUUAUUUGUUGUGUUUCUUCUUGCAUGUGGCGUUGUAGCACCAAUCAAUGCAGGGCUUUACCCAGCGAUAGCCGAAAAAGUAGAAAACAAGGCAUCAUACUAUUGUCAUUGAAAGUUUUGAUGGAUUUGCCCAAGCUAAUUUGUAGUAUGAAUUUGUGCUUCGCUUGAUUAGAGGGACCUAAAAGAAAAUGUACAGCCAUUGGCUUCCAUUGUUAUAAAUCUGUUUGUAGUUUAUA